AUGUCCAAUCGUUAUCGUUCACAAAUUUGUUGACAUUUUUCUGUUUUCCUAAUUUGUUGCUGAUAAUUCGCUGGUUUUCUUAUUUGUGGGUGGAGUUUUGCCCCGUUUGGCAGACUUGAAGUUCCUUGGCGCCAGCCAGCUGGACGGUUCAUGGCUAACCGCGAUGUAUUCUCCAAAAUCCUGCCCAAUGUUAAGUUGGCCACUCGCUACGAUGAAGACGGACGCGAAGUACAGGUGGAGCGGCGCGAGGACUCUGAUGCAACAGCAAAGGAGCAGGACACUUUCGACAUUCUUGUGGCCGCCGGCUAUUAUCGCGCCCGCAUCAAGGGACUCUCCGCAUUUGACAAGGUUGUGGGCGGCAUGACUUGGUGCAUCGAAUGCUGCGACUAUGACGUGGAUGUGGAUCUGCUCUUCCACGAGAGCCUAUCGAUAGGACAAAAAAUAGCUCUCGUGGAGAAGAUUGUUUCGGUUUUGAUCGAUAUGAAGUGUCCACAUAGCUUGGAGCCGCAUCAGGUGCAGGGUCUGGAGUUUCUUGCCAUCCAUCCCGUCAUUCAGUGGCUAGUGAAGACUUCGGUGGAAAAUCGUGCAGUGCGAGGCCAGCGCUUGAAGAGAUUUGCCAUUGGGGAGUUCCACAAUCAUUAUCAGUAUAAAAGCGACAAGGAUAAUCUGACCAAAAUACGCCUGGCCUCUGCCAAUAUAAAGACCAUUCAGGAUCUCUACAGCCCAUUUAGGAUGUACCAACGCCAGGAAGCCACUGACGACGAUGAAGUUUCGCGGGUGCGCGUGACGCUGCUUGAGUACGGAGAUCCAGGGCCGAUGUUCAAGGCAAGCGCAGGCCGCAAGGCAGGGUUGGGUGCCGAAGAGGGCGAUCAGCUGGAGCAACUGGAGCAGUACCUGCGCAGCCUAUCGCUGGCUAAGGAAGAAUUUACGGGCACCCAGAAACGUAUAGAUCUGGACCCUAAGGCGCGGCAUGCCCUACAGCAGCACUAUGCGGAAUUCAAGCUUGAAAUGGAAACCGAUACCCAGGAACUGAAGGCACAAAAUCAACAGAAGCGCCUAGAGGCAGCCAAGAUUGCGCUGGAGCACAAGGUGAAACGCUUCUGCAAAGACAACGAGCAACUGGCCGAGGCGGAAAAGGAGCAAGGCCAGAAAACAGCAGAAAAGGAGGAGCAGCUGGAGACGCUAAAUGCUGAACUAAAGGCUCACAAAGAAACGGAGGAGAGUGCGGAUCCACAGCUGCUGGCAAGGGUUCAGACGCUGUUGAGGCAGCACGAUGAGCUGAAAAAGAGUGAGGCGGAAUUCAAAGAGUCCUGCAGGACGGAUUUGGCCAGUCUACAGCAACAGAUUGAUGAACUGGAAGCCUUCAGUGCCCAGGAUGCGGAAGCGCAGGCAGCUGCCUUGGCAGGCGAAGAGAAGCGCCUCAGGGAUCUGCGACUGCAGCUGGCCAAACGAAAUCGCGGCAUUGUGGCCAUUGAACGGAAGCUGGACGCGAUACCCGACCGCACAGAGCUGGCCCAGUACCAGCGGCGCUUCCACGAACUCCACAACGAGAUGAGCGGCAAGCACCUGGAAACAAAGCAAUAUUAUAUACUGUACAAUACGCUGAACGACAAGAAGCGCUACCUGGAGAAGGAGCUGACGAUGCUGAACUCCAUAUGCGAGGCCUACAACGAGGGCAUGAUGAGUCCCCAUGGCCGCGAGGACUUCAUACGCCAGUUCGAGACGAUUGUCGAUGGGGUGAAGAGUGCCCAGGACAAGGUGCGUCACAAAUACAACGAGGAGCGCAUGCGGCGCGACGAGCUCAACGAGGAGCUGCAGUCCCUGCUCGAGCUGCAACGCCAGUAUGCCACGGCCGUCAAGCAGCUCACCCGCGAGUGCCAGCGAUGCGACCAACUGCAGCAGCACCUCAAGUCAAUUAGAACUAAGACCCAGUCCUAGCCCCGCAAUAUGAUAUUUAAUUAUGGCUAGUUCUCCGAGGGCUCAUUCCUCCGAUUCCUGUCAUUCCUCCUAUCCGAGUGGGGGGCGGCCUUGCGCAAUUACUUAGUAAACUUGUUCAAUAAAUUGUGU